GAGAGAGAGAGGGCAGUCGGCACUCACACACUCCUCCUUCAGUCCCUCCAGCCACGCACACACUGGCAGAACCGCUGUCUGCAGUGGGUAGUAACUGCCUGGGAUUUCUAAACUGCUCCGUUAAAGUCUAGGAUCGGACAAGAAAAAGACGAGAGAGAACUACAUUUGCGUUGGUACAUUUCUUACUGUGUUGCCGGAGGACAGAUGAUGGAGACCAAACUCUGGAUGGCCCUUUGUGCGCUGCUGCUCGUUCACUUGGGAAACACUGAACACAGCGGUGGCCAUGCUGCUACCUCGUCUGCUCCAAUACGUUCUCCUAGCAGUGAGGCUCCAGCAGCUGGGUCUGCUUCUAGCCUGGACCCCGUCAUCCACGAGGCUCCUACACCUGUACUGAAUGGCUCCGACACAAAUCCAAGUUCAAGAGGCACCAGCCGUUCAAGCAGCAACAUGACUACAGAAGGGGAAACCAUCUCCUCGACAGCGGAACUGAAGAAAUUUAAUGAUACCAGCAUCGUGUCUCCCUCAGAUGUUGCAGAUCCUGAAAAGAAUAGAAACCCAACAGAUCAGCCGACAUUGCAGCCUCCGAUUCCUCCUUCUGGGAGCCACGCCCCCACCUCUCACAUCCCCCUUACCUCCACCACUACCAGCCCCACACACACAGCUCACGCUACCCCUGCACACACACUGACCACCACAUCACUCGCAAACACAUCGCAUCUUGCUGCACCUCCACUUCCUGACUCCACCACACCAUCAAACCAGCCCGCUCUCCCUAAAACACACUCAUCCACCCAUGUCCCACAUACUACAACAGCUGAGCCAUCAAAGCCCCAAACUACCACUACUACUACCACUACCUUCCAGUCUAAUUCAACAUCCAGCACCAGCUCCCCUCUAGAGCCCGCCAAUUCUGAGCCGCCAAUGCUCACAUCUCCACAGAACACUUUACGGCCCGAUGGAAAUCCUGAGACCUCCAGUGAAGCCCACCCAAUGUCCACCAUCACCCCUCCGAGCAGCCCCUCCGCCGAGCCCAAAGCCCAAAAAGCCCAAGACAACACCCCCUCCCAGCUCAACAUUGGGGGUGACACGACGAUGGUCCAUGAGUCUCCUACACUAGACCCCCUCCUGGCUGGCCUGGUGUCAGCCUUCAUCAUCACUGCUGUCAUCAUCACUCUGCUCAUCUUCCUCAAACUGCGACGAAGAGACAACCGGCCAGAGUUCCGCAGGCUGCAGGACCUACCUAUGGACGAUAUGAUGGAGGACACACCCUUGUCCAUGUACAGCUACUGAUGGAGGCACGACUGAAACAUUUGGCUCCCAAAUACUCUCUUUGAAUCCAGGCUCAUGCCGCAGCGCUUGUCGAACCUGGUCUCUCUUCCUUAAUCUGCACCAAACAGAAAGAAUUCUGGGUAGGUGUGAGCAAAUUUCUGGAUUGCUUUCAUUUAUCUAGUUCACUGACAUGUAGGAAAGGACAUGAUUGAAGGUGCAAUGGACAAUGAAGAUAUCGCCCACGUUGGGGCUGUUUUUGACCAUUUCGGUACAAUUACAAAUUAGGCCAGCGCCUCUGUUUAAUACCGUAUGCUUAAUAUUUUUCAGCCCAUCUUUUGGGGUAGGGGAGUUGUAUAAUACAUUUUGAUUUCCCUCGAGUUGAAUGGGGUAAGUAAAAAGCAAGAGGCAACAUCAUCGGUUGUAUCCGUCGUUUGGGUGGUUCGCACCUGGACACAGAUUCAGCCUGUCCUGCCAGACUCUGACCUGGGCACACUGGUCUAAAUUCCCAGUUAUCAGUUAAUGUUAUAAAGCCUGGUAGAGAAAAAAAAAGUUCUGCCAGUCUGACUGAUAGGCCAGAGAAAAGAAAUUAACCUUAAGGGAUUAUAGUGUUAAAGAGGUUGCACUUUACUUUUUUAAUAGUGAAAAAAAAAAGAAAAAAGAAUAGGACAAAUAUUUUGAGUUUUGCUUGCAUUCGUUGAGUGCAGGGACAUAAGUAUGUGCGUUUGUAGGUGUGUGAGUCUGUUAAGGUGCAUGUAUGGAUUUUUGAAGGCAUGGCAGGGGAUAUUUAAGUGUUUUCUCUUUUUUUCAGUUUCUGUGUUGAAGGUCCUGCUGCCUUCUGGCCUGAUUUUGAUUUGUGCAGUGUGCAUCUUUUGUUUCUUUCCUGCGGUCUUGAGUGCAGGAGAGAGUGCCUUACACAGUACAGGAACAGCUCUUAUUGUAUACUGUAUUUAUGUACAAACCAACUAACUUCCCGAUUUACCAGUCAUUCCUUUACUUUGUGAGAUUCCCAUUUAAAACACACGCUCUGGGCCAGGUAGCCGCUCUGACUUGCCUGUGUUUGAAGAAUAGCCUUGAGCGUGUUCACCAUGAGGCACUCAUUUAUUUGUCAGUUGACAGUUGCAGACUGAAAUUGGCCAGUGGCCUUUCCACACAAUGUUAGCAUUGUGCUGUGCGUUGUAAAUACUACUGAUGAUUGCAUCAUGCAAAGACAACUUUAUGAAAGUCUUCAUCUUAGUUGCAAUUAGCGUUUGCAUCAUUUUGAAAAUGUUACACGCUGUUCUCUCAGCAUACAAAUGUCCCAUUGAUUAUACUGUGUAUUCGCUCUGCAAAUGUGCAGGAAAAUGUCAGUGGAAGUGAGACAUACAAGACGACAGAUCAACCCAUGUAGAUAGAAAUCAAUUGGAGCUAAUACUUUACAAGUUUUAGCUCCAAUUGACAAGUUAAAGGAAUAAAAUAAAUUAAUAAGGCUAAUACUGGAGGGAACAACACCUAAAAGGUAUUCCCUUAUUUUACUGUUUUGAACACUCGUUUUUCUUUUCAUCACCCGCUUGUACAUCCAGUUCUAAAUUACACACACUUAAGAUGUCUGAUAUUACUGUUAAAAUUGUCUAUAAGUAUUCUGAAUGCAUAAUGAGGCUUUGCUGCCAGAUGUGGAUAAUGGGCCAUUGGUGUUUUAUGAUUAAAAGUAUUUUGAAACCAU